AUGCACGAAAAACUCUUUAGAAUUGAUGCGACCUACCAACAAUAUGAAUGGGGUAAGAUGGGUUCCUCCUCUGCUGUCGCGCAAUACGCUGCUCACUCUGACAAAAACGUCAAAAUCGAUGACACGAAACCUUAUGCCGAAUUGUGGAUGGGUACCCACUUGAAGGGCCCAUGUACCACACGCCCAGGUAACGAACUUUUGAAUGACGUAAUUGCCAAAGAUCCAACAACUAUGCUCGGUAAAGAUAUCAUUGAAAAGUUCCAGAGCAAAAGUGAGUUGCCAUUCCUGUUCAAAGUUCUAUCGAUAAAGAAGGUUCUAUCCAUCCAGGCCCAUCCUGACAAGAAAUUGGCCAGGAUAUUACAUGCACAGGAUCCAAAGAACUACCCAGACGACAACCACAAACCGGAAAUGGCAAUUGCCGUAACCGAUUUUGAAGGGUUCUGCGGGUUUAAGCCACUGGAAGAGAUCGCGGAAGAGUUGAGUCGCUUGCCUGAAUUCAGAAAGCUUGUUGGUGAAGAUGUAGCGGAAAGAUUCGUCAAGGGCAUUAAAGCUAAUGCCGUUGAAGGCUCAAAAGAUGACGUCGCCAACAGGAAGCUGCUACAGGAGCUCUUUGGUAAAGUCAUGAGUGCCUCGGACGAAGCGGUUGCUGAGCAAGGUGCAGCUCUAAUUGAGAGGGCCAAGCGUAGCCCAGCUGACUUUACUCAAUGCGACCUACCAGAAUUGCUUGUUCGGUUAAACGAUCAAUUUCCAGGGGAUGUUGGUCUUUAUUGCGGUGGUCUUCUACUAAACCACUGUAGAUUAAAGGCUGGAGAAGCGAUCUUCCUAAAAGCGAAGGAUCCUCAUGCUUACAUAAGCGGUGACAUUAUGGAGUGUAUGGCCGCAUCUGACAACGUUGUCAGAGCAGGGUUCACUCCAAAAUUCAAGGAUGUUGAGAAUCUUGUUGAAAUGUUAACUUACAACUAUGGUACCGUAGAUGACCAAAAGAUGAAGCCCGAGGGAUUUGAGAGAUCAUCUGGUGCUGGUGAAUCCAUACUGUAUGACCCACCUAUCGAAGAGUUUGCUGUUUUGGAAACUACAUUUAAGAAAUCUACAGGUGUCAGACAUUUUGAACCUUUGAAGGGUCCAAGUAUUUUGAUUACCACCAAGGGCCAUGGUCAAGUUUCCACAGAAGGUACUAAAUUGCAAGCCGAACCAGGGUUUGUAUUCUUUAUUGCUCCAAAUACUGCAAUCGAUUUGGAGGCCAACGAUCAAGAUUUCACCACCUACAGGGCCUUUGUCGAAGCAAACUAG